AUGUCAGCCAUGAGGUGGUUAGAGCACCAAUGGAAACCUCCGUCAUGCCUUGAAGUAGAACUCCAUUGGCGGCUGGUCUUAUUGGUGGCAGGAUGUAUCAUUGUGAGAACGAUAUAUCGCCUCUACUUCCAUCCACUGAGCAAAAUUCCCGGGCCCAAACUCGCAGCCAUCAGUUCUUUCUAUGAAUUUUACUAUGACAUGGUCAAGGGAGGUAUGUAUAUUUGGGAGGUGGAAAAAAUGCAUCGUCAGCAUGGCCCUAUUGUGCGCAUCAAUCCCUAUGAAGUGCACGUCAUUGAUCCGGACUUUUAUGACGAAAUCUGCGCCUCGGGCUCACGCCGGCGUGAAAAGGAUCCCCGACAAGUGUCGUUGUUUGGAGCACCGGGCUCAAUGAUCGCUACUGUAGGCCAUGAACAGCACAAAAUGCGUCGAGGCCUUGUCCGCGGACACUUUUCUCGCAAAGCUAUUGCCAACAUCGAACCUAUAGUCCAGGCAAAAUUGGACAAAAUGAUCCAGCUGUUCCACUGCGCAUAUAAGAGUUUUGCCGCGGUAAAUACGAGCGAUGCAUUUUCUGCUCUUACAGCUGAUGUCAUUGCUGUAUAUGCGCUGGGCAUUGACCUCGACUUUCUCGACGAGCCUGAGUUCAAAAAUGACUUCCAAGAGGCAUCUCUCGAAGCAGACAUGCUCUGUCAUAUUUUCAAGUUCUUCCCCUGGCUUCUCAAACUAUCCCAACUCCUCCCCGAUAGCGUUGUUCGGUAUUUACAACCCAGUGCCAAUAGCCUCCUACUGGUACAAAAGACCAUACAUGAUCAGUCCGUGGCAACGCUGCAAAAGGCAUCAAACCCUUCUUCAGGUAGUGAAUUGCGAGGCAAUAUCUUCGACUCUCUUAGUCAUCCGUCUGUUCCACCUCGCGAACGUACCUUGUCUAGGCUGCAAGAUGAAGGCCUCAUUCUUCUUGCGGCUGGAACCGAGACCACAGCUAGAGCGUUAGCCGUUUGUGCGUUCCAUUUAGCGGCAAACAAGACACUUAUGCAAACAUUACGAUCAGAGCUGAAGGAUGUGAUGCCUUCACCGGAUUCCCAUCCGAGCUGGGCACAGCUAGAACGCCUCCCGUAUCUAUCCGCGGUGGUAAAGGAAUCUCUUCGACUAUCGUUUGGAGCAGUUGGUCGACUUGCACGAGUUGCCCCGGAUGAAACACUCCAUUAUAAGCAACAUAGCAUACCUCCGAAUACUCCUAUGAGCUGUUCAGCAUACUUCAUUCACAUGAACCCCAAUAUCUUCCCUGAGCCAGAAAGCUUCGAGCCUGAGCGGUGGUUACGAGCCAUCGAGCGUGGGGAGAAGCUACAUCGAUACCUGGUGUCAUUUUCUGCUGGUAGUCGGCAGUGUGUUGGCAUGAAUCUCGCCUACUGCCAAAUGUACCUGACUAUCGCGGCAAUUGCACGCCAAUUUGAUAUGGAGCUUUAUGAAACUACAGUUUUUGAUACCAUGGUUGGGCGUGACUACGUUUCGCCAUUCCCGACUGAUGGCGUAGGUAAUAUAAAGGUGAAGUUCUCAGAUGUGGUGCAAGAGUGA